AUGAGAGUAACAACAAUAUUAACUGCUUUGUUAUUGUUGUUUACAAUUGUUGUUUCGGCAACAACAAAGACAACGACGGAGGAAGCUGCUGGAACACCAUUCAAUCCACUUCUUUAUUCAUGUAUGAAUGAUGGUUCAAAUUCAUUCAAGGUUGUGUUGGGACAAGAGACAGAGUCUGUUGCAACUGCAUUGUUUGAUGGAUUCCCAAAUGCAACUGGUUGGAUCUACUUGUCAAUCAACACUUCAUCGGCCUACACUGAUGCCGCCCAAGCUCAAUGUGCAGGAUAUCUCGAGGGAUACUUGACAUAUCAAGCAAUCUACUUUGGUCGUAUCAACUAUUACAAGGAUAGACUAGGCUUUGAUGAGUUGCCAGCAAACCUAACUGCAUGGAUCGAGGAUAAUAUUGCUUGGAUCUAUACAAACAUUGAUAAAUAUACAAACAGUGAAUCACAGAUGGACAAGACCGAUUCAUUAUAUGUAUAUUGGUAUCAAAUAUCAUUGAUUAUGAAUCAGAUUGAGAGCAUGUUGGUUGGUUAUACCGAUGCCAUUGUUGGUACAUCAUUGACACCAGUGACAUUGGCCGAUCUAUUCGCUAUGAAUAUGGCCGGUGAUAUGUUUGAUGUGAUACCAGCCAUCCAAUACAUGAAUGGAGAGAGCCUAAAGCCACCCGCUACCUUUGUCGACCUGAUGAAGAGCUCCCAUUGUACCGCCCUAGUCAAGUUGACCGACGACCUCUCUGAACUCUACUGUGGACAUGUUGCCUGGUACUUUUACUCUCAAAUGCUUAGAGUAUUCAAGUCUUAUACCUUUGGAUUCUCGGCCACCAGUCAAACAGUUGGUAACCAUCAAUUGUUUAGUGCAUACCCUGCAACAUUAUCGUCUAUUGAUGAUUUCUAUGUGUUGAACACUCAAUUGUCAAUCUUGGAGACUACCAACAACAUCUUUAACUUUAGUUUGUAUGAGAAUGUUCGUCCACAGUCUGUACUGAGUUGGAUGCGUGUGUUGGUCUCCAACAGACUGUCCACCAGUGGAUUGCAAUGGUGUGAGACCGUAUCACUCUACAACAGUGGCACCUACAACAACCAAUGGAUGGUGAUUGACUUUAAGAAGUUCACUCCCAACGUCAGUCUUGCCGAUGGUGCACUCUACGUAUUGGAACAAAUUCCAGGUUAUAUUGAGUAUGCCGACCAAACAGCAAUACUUAGAAUGGGAUAUUGGCCAUCAUAUAAUGUACCAUUCUAUGAGACUAUUUAUAACAUGUCUGGUUAUAACUCGAAUGAUUUGGAUGGAUCAUUGAGACAGGAGAUGUCAUACAUUGGUAAUGCACGUGCAAUGAUCAUGAGACGUGACGCCAACAAGGUCUACUCUGUGGAGGACUAUCAAAUGUACAUCCAGUACAAUGAUUACGAGACUGAUCCAUUGGCUCAAGACAAUCCAGGCAAUGCAAUUGCCUCUCGUUUCGAUCUGUUGCAACAAGGACCAAUUGCCAUGGGUGGUAUCGAUGGUAAGAUGACCUCUUGGUCAAUGGUACAGAAGCAGACCGCAUUGGCCAUCUGUGGACCAACUCGUAUCCAACAGCCAUCAUUCACAUGGGACAACGAACAGUUUGCCAGUACCUCUCAUGUUGGUCUACCAACAUCAUACGAGUUUGAUUGGGUAGAGAUCACAAAGGAUACUUUUACUCCUUAUGUACCAAGGACUCCA